CAGCACAACACACCACCGCCGCCAUGGCUGCUCUCUUCCUCGCUCUCCUCCUGCUCUCGCUCCGCACCGCCGCUCCCUACGACGCCGGCUCCCUCCUCGCCGCCAAGCGCAAGCUCUCCGACCCCGCGGGCGCGCUCUCCGGCUGGAAAGCCCGUUCCGGCGGCCACUCCCCCUGUGCGUGGCCGCACGUGGCCUGCGCCGUGAAUUCCACCACCGACGUCGCCGGGCUCUACCUCAAAAACGUCUCCCUCUCGGGCGUCUUCCCGGCCUCGCUCUGCUCUCUGCGCUCCCUGCGGCACCUCGAUCUCUCCCAGAACGACAUUGGUGGCCCUCUGCCCGUCUGCCUCGCCGCGCUCCCGGCGCUCGCGUACCUCGACCUCUCGGGCAACAACUUCUCCGGCCAUGUCCCGGCCGCCUACGGCGCCGGCUUCCGCUCGCUCGCCACGCUCAACCUGGUCGAGAACGCCCUCUCCGGCGCGUUCCCGGCGUUCCUGGCCAACCUAACAUCUCUCCAGGAGCUCAUGCUCGGUUACAACGACUUCACGCCGUCUCCGUUGCCGGAGAACUUGGGCGACCUCGCGGGCCUCCGAUUGCUGUAUCUCUCCAGGUGCUACCUGAAGGGCAGGAUCCCUUCUUCCCUUGGGAACCUGAGAAAUCUCGUCAAUCUGGACAUGUCGGUGAACGGUCUCUCCGGCGAGAUUCCGGGAAGCAUUGGGAAUUUGGGUUCCGCGGUCCAGAUUGAGUUCUACUCCAACCAGCUCUCCGGACGUAUACCGGAGGGGCUGGGGCGUCUCAAGAAGCUUCAGUUUUUGGACUUGUCCAUGAACUUGCUCUCCGGGGCCAUGCCGGAGGACGCGUUCGCCGGGCCACGCCUGGAGAGCGUGCACAUCUACCAGAACAACCUGAGCGGACGCUUGCCGGCAUCGCUUGCGUCGGCGCCGCGUCUGAACGACCUAAGGUUGUUCGGGAACCAGAUUGAAGGCCCGUUCCCGCCGGAGUUUGGGAAGAAUACCCCGCUGCAAUUCUUGGACAUGUCGGACAACCGGCUGUCGGGCCCGAUCCCACCGACGCUGUGCGCUUCCGGGAGGCUGGCGGAGAUCAUGCUGCUUAACAACAAGUUAGAGGGGUCCAUUCCGGUGGAAUUGGGGCAAUGCUGGUCCCUCACCAGGAUCCGGCUUUUGAACAACAGCCUGUCUGGAACCGUGCCGCCGGAAUUCUGGGCAUUGCCUAAUGUGCGCAUGCUCGAGCUCCGCUUGAACGCACUGUCCGGCACGAUUGAUCCUGCCAUUGGUGGUGCCCGGAACCUGUCCAAGCUGCUGCUACAGGACAACCGAUUCACUGGUGCUCUGCCUGCAGAGCUGGGGAAUUUGGCCAUACUGAAAGAGCUUUUUGUUUCAGGUAACAACUUGUCAGGUCCGCUCCCUGCGUCGCUUGUUGAGCUCUCUGAACUUUAUACGAUUGAUUUGAGCAACAACUCCCUUUCUGGAGAGAUCCCACGGGACAUUGGACGGCUCAAGAAGCUGGUACAGGUGCGGCUCUCGCAUAACCACCUCACUGGGGUUAUCCCUCCGGAGCUUGGGGAAAUCGAUGGGAUCAGUGUGCUGGAUCUGUCGCACAAUGAGCUUUCCGGUGGGGUGCCCGGGCAACUGCAGAAGCUCAGGAUCGGUAAUCUCAACCUGUCGUAUAACAAGCUCACUGGACCUCUGCCUGAUCUCUUCACCAAUGGGGCAUGGUACAACAACAGCUUCUUGGGUAACCCUGGCCUGUGCAAUCGGACAUGUCCAAGCAAUGGCAGUUCCGAUGCUGCCCGGCGUGCCCGUAUCCAGUCGGUUGCCUCCAUCCUUGCUGUAUCUGCAGUCAUCCUACUCAUCGGUUUCACAUGGUUCGGUUACAAGUAUAGCAGCUACAAGAGGCGUGCCGCCGAGAUCGACAGAGAGAACUCAAGAUGGGUGUUCACGUCCUUCCACAAGGUGGAAUUCGAUGAGAAGGACAUAGUGAACAGCCUCGAUGAGAAGAAUGUGAUUGGCGAGGGUGCAGCAGGGAAGGUAUACAAGGCUGUUGUCGGGCGUAGGAGUGAAUUAGCUUUGGCUGUCAAAAAGCUCUGGCCAAGCAACACGGUGAGCACCAAGAUGGACACUUUCGAGGCCGAGGUGGCAACGUUGAGCAAAGUCAGGCACAGGAACAUCGUCAAGCUCUUCUGCUCCAUGGCCAACAGCACCUGCCGGUUACUCAUCUAUGAGUACAUGCCCAAUGGCAGCCUGGGGGAUUUUCUCCAUAGCGCCAAAGCUGGCAUCUUGGAUUGGCCAACCAGGUUCAAGAUUGCAGUCCAUGCUGCCGAGGGCCUCUCCUACCUGCACCAUGACUGUGUGCCCUCCAUUCUCCAUCGAGAUGUCAAGUCAAACAACAUCUUGCUUGAUGCGGAUUUUGGCGCCAAGGUUGCAGAUUUCGGUGUUGCAAAGGCUAUUGUAGAUGGGACGGCCACCAUGUCAGUCGUUGCUGGCUCUUGUGGUUACAUUGCUCCUGAGUAUGCCUACACAAUCCAUGUAACCGAAAAGAGUGAUGUCUACAGUUUUGGUGUGGUCAUUCUGGAGCUUGUCACUGGCAAGUGGCCCAUGGCAUCAGAGAUCGGUGAAAAGGACCUGGUGGCGUGGGUGCGUGACACCGUUGAGCAGAAUGGUGUAGAAUCUGUUCUCGAUCAGAAGCUCGACAGCCUGUUCAAGGAUGAGAUGCAUAAGGUUCUGCACAUCGGCUUGAUGUGUGUCAACAUCGUCCCAAAUAACCGCCCACCAAUGAGGUCUGUGGUGAAGAUGCUGCUCGAUGUCGAGGAAGAGAACAAGCGCAAGGCCAGGAUCGAGGCAUCACUCCCUUCCAUCUGAUCUAAGAACAGUCCAUAACCUGUUAAUAAUAAUGCUAAUUUGUGCUCUUCUUGGAUCUUGUACUUAAAUUCCAUUGGGGAAUCAUAUCGAUCCUAAGAAGUGCAUUCAUGAUAGCAGCUAGCUAGCUUUCAACCUGUAAUACUUUGGUGAAAUCAAAAACCUGGAAGCUAAUA